UAUGCAGAGGGCGCUAUUGAGGUUUGCAUAAGCUGCAUUAAAUGUGUACGGAUCAGCAUCAGCAUCGCUUACUCAGGCGCAAAGUUUAGCAACUGCAGUUUCAAAGUUCCCGUUCCAUUUCCGCUGGAGAUUUUGCAAGUGAGUGGAAACUUGUGUGCGGGCGCGUGCGUGCUGACGCUCCAGCUAUUUGAAUGAGGAUUUGGAAAGUUGCGGGAAAUUAAACGAAGUAUCAUCUUGUUAAAGUUUAAGUUACCCAGUGAGAGAUGUACUCGAAGACUUCUCUGAAUUCAAUGAACAAGAGGCCUCGUGAAGAAUCUGGAUCACAGAGUCCAAGAAAGAGCCAACAUGGGGCAUUGAAGGUUCAAGAUGUCGCACGUGGCGAGUUAAAGCAUUUCAUGUUCAGAAUACUGAUGCCAAAUGGCAGUACACUUGAUCUAAAAAUUCAUGAUCAGCGCAACGAGAUACCAAUUGAGGAGUUCAUAGGUGUCACCAAAAAACAAUAUUCUGUUGUAAAGCAAGGAUCUUUAAAGCCAAACAGGAGAAUCAAUUGGGAGUACCCGGACCUUCAUUUCACUGACGCAAACAAAAAGAAAAUACAGACGAAACUCAACCUUCUUGAUUAUAUUCGUAAUUAUUGGCACUUCCUCUGGCUCCAUGAUGGGUCGCCUGAGCCAGAUAUAUAUGAGGGCAUGUGGGAUCUUACUCCAGAUACAGAUUUGCUGAAGGAGCUACCUGAUGGCUAUACAUGUGAAACUGCCCUUGCUGACCUCAUAGAUAACUCCUUACAGGCUUUAUGGUCGAACAACUGCAAGUCUGACACGAGACUCAUAAGUGUGGAAUUGCGUUGGAAUAAAAUUAUAAUUUUUGACUCGGGACCUGGAAUGGAUGGCAAGGAUGGGAACCUAGUGAAGUGGGGAAAAGUGGGAGCAUCUUUGCAUAGAUCAGCUAGAGUUAAAGCAAUUGGUGGAAAUCCUCCAUAUUUAGUGCCUUUUUUUGGCAUGUUUGGAUAUGGUGGCCCUUUCGCAGCCAUGUGUUUAGGAAGGCGAGCUGUUGUUUCGUCAAAGACAAAAAAUUGUGGAAAAGUAUACUCAUUACACCUCGAAAGAGAAGCAUUAAUUGAUUCUUCAAGCUUGGAGAAUGAGUGGAGGGCAAAAGGGGGAAGGAGAGACCCUUCCAAAGAUGAAAUGCAGAAGGUACCCCAUGGAAGUUUCACAAAGGUUGAAAUUUUUGAGCCUAAAAUGAAGAUCGACAACAUAAAACAUUUCCAAUGCAAGUUGAAGGACAUCUACUUUCCCUAUAUACAGUGUGAUGAGAUGUCGGGAAAAACAAGCAGGCCUGUCAAAUUUCAGGUCAAUGGAAAAGAUUUGGCAGGAAUAAAUGGAGGAGAAGUAGCUGUGACAAACUUGCAUUCAUGCAAUGGUCCUGAAUUUGUUAUUCAACUUCACUUUAGCACCAGUGAGGAUACUUCUUCAAGACCCAGUCAAAGAGAAACAGUGUUUUCUGAGGCCAAUGCAAGGCUGAAGUUUGUUUACUUUCCCAUAAUUGAGGGGGAAGAGAACAUACAGCGGAUAAUAAAUAUCCUUGAUUCUGAAGAUUAUGGUAUUGGAGAGAGCUAUGAAAAAUUUUGUCGGGUGUCUAUUAGGCGGUUAGGACGUCUGCUGCCUGAUGCACGAUGGUCUCCUCUUCCAAUUAUGGAGCCAAAAACGCAAAAGGGUGAAAGGGCCAAACUUGUGAAAAGAUGUUGCUCCAGAGUUAAAUGCUUUAUUGACACUGAUGCUGGUUUCAAUCCAACAGCACAAAAGACAGAUUUAGCACAACAUCACCUCUACACUAAGGCAUUAAAGAAUUUUGGCAACCCAGCAUUUGAAGUUGGAAAAGAGAUGCAAAUUAAAAUCUUAAAGGAUGGCAAACAAGUGACAGUUCCUCAAUUGGAGAAGCUGUACCAUGAUUGGAUUAUAAAAAUGCAUGCAAAUUAUGAUGAAGAAACUGAUUCUGGACUAGAUCAACCAACUAUUGUCAAUUGUUCUCCUGAUAUUAAAAAGUACUUAGUUGAAGAUGUUCCUGUUUUGCGGGUUCAUAAAAAGAUCCAAAGGAAAGGAAUGUGCUGGGCUGCUGGGCAGAGGCUAAAAGUUUUGAAGGGAGCCUGUAGUGGGUUCCAUAGAAACAAUGUGUAUGCUACACUGGAAUGCAUAGUUCUUGCGGGGCUUGCAGCUGAUGCUUGUGGUGAGGCUGUGUUGAUUUGUAGGCCUCUUGGGAUACCUGAAGGCAGCGGUUGCAAGAUUUCCUUUGAUUCGAAGAAUGGGAUUGGAACUAUCUGUAUUAAUGAAUCUAAAGUGCUUCCAAUUGAAGUUAUUGACUCUAAUAAGUGCAUAGCAGUUGAUGACACUGAGUGGGAGAAUAAGUCCCAGCAGCAUUGUCAGAAAUUGCCUUCUGCCAUUGAAAUCUUAGAAAACAUAGAUUGCCAAGAUCUGGGAAUUGAAGGGGGAAUGCCUGCUGAUGUAAAAGCUGGAGAUGCUCCUCCAGAGAACGUUGUUGCAGUUAUCCGUCCGAAGGCUUUCAAUUUUGAAAACAGUUCUGAGAGAUUGGACCAGAAAUUUGUAGUUAAGGAUAAUAUAAGAAUGACACUGAACGUACAAUUCAACCCUGAAGAUAAGAGUGAAGAUAUGUUAAUAUUUUCUUCUGUGGGAACACCUUCAUCUCACAAGGGGCUUCAAGGAUUAUUUAUUUUUCCGGUUAAAUCAAAAUUUCCCAACCUCUUCCAGAAAGCUGGCAGCUUAACAUUUUUAUUGACCCUGACAAAUUUUCCGGAUGUAAGGCGAAAACAUGUAUUGCAAGUUCGUGCAUGUGCUGAUACUGGCCGUUGGAAAGUUGUAAGGCAUGAUGAUGAUCUAUACACAAUCAGGGUUGGUUCCUCAUCUGCUGAUUGUCUACAUAUAGCAUGCUUUGAUAAGUACGGCAAUAGUGUAAAUUUCACUAGUGUUCCAAAGUUGGCCAUCAGUUUCUGCUCCACUGGCAAUGAGGACCUUAAUCAUUCAUGCAGUAUAAAGAAAAAUCUAUCACUUCGCAAAUCAAGGAUAAUAUUUGAGGUGGUUGGUUUUAAAAGCAGUAAGUUGGAUAUUAUUCGACCAACUUACAAAGCUAUUAUCAACAUAAAAACACUUGAUGGGUCUUUCUCUGUGGUCCAUCCUUGCUGUGUUUUACCUGGAACUCCCCAAAGAGUCACAGUCCAUUCACCAAAUCUGCGAAAGAAACUAUUUCCUUAUCAGAUUAUUGAGGAGCUUUGGUUCGAGAUUUUUGAUGAGUGUGGUAACCAUGUAAAAGAAGGUGAACGUAUUUUAUUGAGUUUAGAUGGGUUCUCCUAUGAAGCUAAAAGUUGUCUUCUUGAGGAUGGGAGCACAUAUUUAAAGGUUGACUGCAACGGCUUUGUUGAUGUCAGCAAUGUUCUAAAAGUGUCCAAGGGAUAUGGCAAAGAGGCUUAUCUUUCUCUGUCUUUUGAAGACAAAGUUCUCUUCAAGAAGAACUUUCAUAUUGAAAUGAGAGAGCUGCGCACAGUAUCAAAGGAAUUUACAAACUUUCAUGCUGGUUCUCAAUUGGAGAAUGUUAUCUUUGAGAUAGUCAAUUCUGAAGGUCUUGUUGAUGAAAGGGUCCAUCAUAAUGAGAAACUCGGCCUGUACCAUACUCUUAAAAUCAAGUCCGAUACACUUGACAUUGAUGAUUCUGUGCAGUACUCCUUUCGUCAUGGCCGUUGUACCAUUCGUUCUAUUCCACUCCCCAACAAAGAAGGGAUUUUCUCAUUUUCCGCAUUCCAUUCCUGUUAUCCUGAGCUUGUGCUAGAUAUACAGGUUCAUGUUAAGAGUGCCAGACAUGAGAGUCAAGGCAGUAUUAACUCUCAUGGAGAUUUAAUGCCUCCUGUGUCUUCACCCCAUGGUUUUUGUGAAGAGUUGGCCAUUGUUCAUCAAAAACACUCAUCUGUCCAUCAGUCACCAAAUACUCCAAAUUUUGGUAGCACUUGCCAAAAGGUUCACGUUAAGAGCGAGGAUCAGCGCAGUAUAGGCCAUUGUGGAGAAGAAAUAUCAACCCGUGAUAUUUGUUGUGAAGAUUUGCCAUUUUUUCCUCAACCACUCGCAACUGUCCAUCCGUCACCCAGUACUCCAAAUCUUGAUAACACGAGCAAAAAGGAUGUAGAGGAUGAAAUGAUCGAGUCUGCCAUGAAUAUGAAUAAGUUUCAAUCAAAAUUGAAGAAUGUCGAUCAAGCGUUGCAAAAUGUGUUUGAGUUACAAGUUCAUGAUUGUCAUAUUGGUUCAAGCCUUUGUGGGAAAGAGAUCGUUUUAGAAAAGAUUGAAAGCAAAAGUCAACCUGCAGCUGCCCUUAGCCAGAAAAUACCUGGACAAAUGCCGCCAGAACUGAGUCCUCAAGACAUACUUGGCAUAGUCGGGCUUCUUGGAAAUGUUAAUAACAUUCAGCUUAGCAGGAUGUUGGCACUGUAUCUCGGCGACCAUCUAAUGUGUGCUGUAGUGUGCAAAAACUAUUCGACUGCUGAAAUUCUCGAGGCUGGUCAAAUGAACCGUGGAAAAUCUCUGAGCGGAGGUCUCUAUACAGUGUGCCUUGAUCACUUUCGUCCGUUCAACUUAGAACCCAAAGUUGAUCCUCAAGAACCGCUAGCCCUGCCGUUGCCAAGAAUGCAAAACGGCGAGACACCACCAGGCUUUCUCGGGUUUGCAGUCAAUAUGAUCAACAUCGAUGCAGCAUUUUCACAUUGGAAGACGACAAGCGGACAUGGUCUCAGAGAGACCUUAUUUUAUGGCAUCUUUGGCGAGCUUCAAGUUUAUUCUCACAAGUCACUUAUGAUGGGAGCUCAAGUGUUUAUUAAAAAUGGAGCCGUGUCUUUGGACGGAGGACUAAUGAAAGGAAAUGGCCUUCUCGGUUUCGGGGACUGGGAACCCGACGUAAUAUUCCCCGUUCUAAGGAAUGCAGACAUCAAGCAACAUCUAGAGAUCGCUAAGUUAAGGGAGGAGAGGGAGGCGAUCAAAGGAUCAUUAGACAUGGCAGUGACGAUGUUCUCCCAAGCACGGGAAGAAUACUUAAAAAUUCGAGAUCGUAUUGGGAGUGAUGAUUAAAGGUAAUAAAAGUUUUGCUGUUGCACUGCAAGAACACAUGUAUACAAGUGUUGUGCUCAUAUCAUGUUAUGGUUUUGAAUCUUGCAAGAUGAAUUGUUUUGAUGAUAUGUAUAUGCUAUUAUUGGGUGUUUUGACAAUGUUUCUUUGAGUAAUAGUGGUGAAUGUACAACUCUUUUGUAAGUAAAUGUGCUACCUUUCACACUAUAUUGCCAAUUGAGUUGGUAGUAGUAAAGUUUGAGGUUUUUGCAA